AUGCCAUGGAGACAAUGGCCAAGGUGUGGUUUAGGCUGGUUGUGUAUUCUUCUGGUCAUCUGUUGCUCAGUUACCGUGGUUUCAUCGUACUGUGUAGCGCUUUCUUAUGGACAUAUUUAUCCGUUUCUUCCCGCUAUCAGUGAGACUGGAGUUUUAUUUCCUGAAAAGUACGUUUUCAGGGAGUUAGCGAAUCUAUCGGCGUUUCUUUUCAUUUCCAAUGCGUUCGUCCGUUUUAUGCAGUAUAAACUCGUGGCGGAGCAGUACCCGGAAGACAAUGUCAAGCUUCAUCGUCUCAAUAAACUGGCGUUCGUGGUGGCUAUUUUAGCCGGACUUGGAAUGACAUUGGUAGCUAAUUUUGAAAUUGAGAAGGUAUGUUCCAAACUAAAAUUUGCCGUUUCUUUACUCUGUAAAGAAACCAACCAAAGUAAAUGAGACCAUGAGCGCUACGCUGAGGGGGUAGGGGAGAGGCUUCACUUCAGAGUCUUGAACACUUUAUGACGUCAAUGCUCCCGAGUGUUUGUUCGGUUGGAGAUCACAAAUGACGUCACUCUACAAAGUAUCUAAUCCAAACGCAAAUGGAACCAUGUGCUUAGCAGAGGGGGUGGAGAAGGGGUUUCACUUCAGAGUCUUAAACACUUUGACGUCAUUUCUCCCUAGUUUCUGUUCAGUUAGAGAUCGCAGAUGACGUCAACAUGCAGUGAGAACAACCAAAUAGGCCCAAGGACCGCAGGCAAGUGCGUAAAAGAGCGCGCACUUUAAAAAAAUCUGUCAUUUAACAUUGUUUGACCCCCUUAUUCUGGAGAGGCUUGUGGGAAUAUAAUGUGAGAAUACCCCAACGGGGAAAAUUGCGCCAUAAUUCAUCAAAUUCCACUAACCAAUCCCCCUCCCCUUUUUCCCUUCCUCCCUAUCCCCUAUCCCCUACCCCUUUCGACGCCUGCUACGCAGGCUACACUAACGAUGAUGAAAUACACAAUAGCUCUCAGCCAGUGGCGGCUGUGCAGUUGAGCCUGCAGUCAAAUAUUCUUUUGUUGCAUAAAUGAAUGCAAACGAGGCUCAAUGACUUGGCAUCUACCGUCACUGGUAACAAGUGUAAUGAAACACACGACACUCGACAUUACACAAACAAGGCUUGCGCUUUGCUAGCCAGGUACAAAAAUACUAAAGUUGUUUCCAUUUUUAAGGACUGGUCGAUCCACGACGUCGGUGCUAUGACGGCGUUUAUCAGCGGUCUCACAUUCUGUUGGUUACAAUGCGCAAUGUCGUAUAAGCUAAAAGACCACGGUGUCAUCAACAGCUCAGCGGUGUGCCAUUCAAGAGCCAUGCUCUCUCUAAUGAUAACGCUGUGCGUGGCGAUAUUCGCAGCUUUCCAGACCAAAGCGAACCUGGAGUGGGCCUUGGCCCGGCCUCGAUAUCAUUUUUUAGCCAAACUCAAGUGGGGUCCUCAAGACCCCGGAUAUUUAUUUCACGUGAUCUCUAGUCUUGCUGAGUGGAGCAUGUGCGGAGGGAUGCUUUUGUUUAUGUUGACGUUCACAUACGAGUUUCAACAGAUAGUAAUAACUUCGGACAUUUCAUCAACUGAAUACUGGUGA